GUGGGGCAGCAGUGUCCUCAUCCCUGCUGCUCUCCUCUCCUGCAGAUGCCGUGCUGGGGCCGCCUACGCUCUGUCCUGAAGCUGCUUUCCCGCAGGAAACGAGUCCCGGCCAGCUCAGAGGGCUCCAGCCUCCGCCGCUGCCUCUCCACCGUGGAUCUGGUUGCCUUGGGAGUGGGCAGCACGCUGGGGGCCGGUGUCUACGUCCUGGCAGGGGAGGUGGCCAAGACCAGCUCUGGCCCGAGCAUCGUCCUUUCUUUCCUGAUUGCAGCUGUGGUGUCUGCCCUGGCAGGGCUGUGCUAUGCCGAGUUUGGGGCCCGUGUGCCCCUGGCUGGCUCUGCCUACCUCUACAGCUACGUGACAGUGGGCGAGCUCUGGGCCUUCCUCGCUGGGUGGAACCUGCUGCUGUCCUAUGUCAUCGGUACAGCCAGCGUUGCCCGGGCCUGGAGCGCUACCUUUGAUCAGCUCCUCGGCGAGAAGAUGGGGAGGUUUUUGGGUGCUCACGCAGCCAUGGGCUCUGUGGGGCUGGCAGAGCACCCAGAUGCAUUUGCUGCUGGCCUGGUGAUCCUGCUGGCAGGGCUUCUUUCCUUUGGAGUGAAGGAGUCCACCAUGGUCAACAAAGCCUUCACAGCUCUCAAUGUGCUCGUCCUGCUCUUUGUCACAGUGAGUGGCUUCAUCAAAGGUGACAUGAGCAACUGGAGGCUCAGGGAGGACGACCUGCCACAGGCAGCUGCCCACGAGGCUGGGAACCAGUCCAUGGUGGACAACAUGACCAGUGCCUUUGGGGUGGGAGGCUUCAUGCCCUAUGGUUUCACUGGGACCUUGGCUGCAGCCUCUACCUGUUUCUAUGCCUUUGUUGGAUUUGACUGCAUUGCUACCACAGGGGAAGAAGUGAGGGACCCACAGAGAUCCAUCCCCAUGGGCAUCAUUCUGUCCCUCCUCAUCUGCUUCCUGGCCUACUUUGGGGUGUCUGCUGCCCUCACCCUGAUGAUGCCCUACUACCUCCUGGACACCAUGAGCCCACUGCCAGUGGCUUUUGAGCACAUUGGCUGGAGCGCUGCAAAGUACGCCGUGGCUGUGGGGUCACUGUGUGCCCUGACCACCAGCCUCCUGGGCUCCAUGCUCCCCAUGCCACGGAUCCUGUAUGCAAUGGCUCGAGAUGGGCUCCUCUUCAAACCUCUGGCCAAAGUUAGUCGCCGUCAGUGCCCGGUGGUGGCAACUCUGGUGUCUGGGGGAGUGGCAGCUCUCCUGGCCCUUCUCUUCAACCUGAAGGCCCUGGUAGACACCAUGUCCAUUGGCACACUGCUGGCCUACUCCAUAGUGGCUGGCUGUGUGCUGCUGCUCAGGUAUCGGCCUGAGCCCAGCGCUCGGGACACUCCUGCGGGGAAGGUCCCAGCUGUGCAGCUCUGGUGGGACCACCUGCUCCAGCCACCCCCCCAUGCCACCCCUGGCUCCUCUGCUGUGGUGGUCUGGGCUCUGACAGCUGUAGCCACCCUGGCCUGUGCCCUGAGCUGGGUGAGUGCUGCUGGGCUGCCCUGCCUGUGGGCUGGGGGUGCCUGGUGCAUCACAGCUCUGGCCCUGCCUCUUCUGGGGAUCCUGGCAGCAGCUCUUCUCAUCUGGAGGCAGCCUCAGAGCCGGGACAGAGCAUCCUUCAUGGUUCCCUGCCUGCCCUUCCUGCCUCUCCUCAGCAUCUCCAUCAACACUGUGCUGAUGGCCCAGCUCAGCGCGGCCGCCUGGCUGCGGUACCUGCUCUGGAUGGCUGUGGGUAAGCACAGCCACUCACCAGGUCCCCGAGCUGGCACCAGCCCCUCUGGGUGGGGCUCUGGUGGUUUGAGAGCCCGUGGCACUAAUGCUGCUCUGAGUGGUGGUGGGGAGGGAGGAGAUGUUUCCUCAUUUACUUUGGCUAUGGGAUCUGGCACAGCACCGAGAGCCACUGGCCUGAAGGGACAGAGCCCCAGGAGCUGCCAGGAAGCAGAGCCAGGGAGGAGGCAAGGAAGCCCCUUGGGCUGUGGGUUCUGUCCCACAGAGGAGGCCAGCCCUGCCAGAGCUGCAGGAGCAGCUUCUCCGAGUCUGGUGAACCUUCCUGAGCAACCCAAAUCCUCACAGCGAGCCCCUGCAGAAGGAAUUCUGUUUGGAGAGGAUAAAGCACACAAGUGAUUUUGCUGCUGUUCUCCAGCCUCUGUCCAGCUUUUGGGGGAGCAGAUGGGACUGGUGGUGCUGCUGAUGGUCAGCAGGGACAAGUAG